AAUCACAAGAGUAUUUAUACUGAAAAUUUAAAUAUAAACUCUUCCAUAACGAUGAAUAGUGGCAAAAUCAAAACACGGAAAACAAUAUUUAAUCAAUGUUUUCAAAAUGUCUCGACAUCAGGAAGCGCUACUGAGUAAAUGAAUUCAAUUUAUUAUAGUACUGGUUAUAAUAGGCAAAGUGAAUGAAAGGUUGAUGAGGCUGUGGAGAAACUGGAAUCCACCCACACUUCUAGUGGGAGGCUAAAAAGGUUACAUCCAGCCUUAACCCAUGCUUUAACAUAGGAAAAGAAGGAAGGAGAAAGGAGGGCAGGGACUGCUAGGGGAAGAGGAAAGAUCAUCAGGAGUGGAAACAAGGAAAGCAUGUGAUCAAAGUAGACUAUAAAAAUGUUAAUAAAACCCAUUACGAUUCAUAUAUGCUAAUAAAGAGUUUUUUAAAUGUUGCCACUGUGGAUGUAGCUUGGCCAUUCCUAAGAAAAUUAAAUAUGUAACGUUACAAUCCCAUUCCUAGAUACAUUCCUAAAAGAAAGACUGGAAGUCAGUUAGCCAGUUAGCCAGUAGUUGCCAGGGAAUGAAGGGAUACGAAGCUGGAAUCGAUUACUUGAAAGGCAGCAAAUGUUCUUCCUAGUGACUUAAAAAACAUUUUGAUCGGAUGUGCUGGUGCAUGAUUUGAUCUCAGCAUUCUGGAUGCUGAAACAUGCGAAUCUCUUCGAGUUGGAGGCAAGACUGGUCCCAGGCUCCAGUCUGAACAUUAAAAAACAGACCCUCUAAUAGAGAGGCGGCAUUUGCACAGUAUUGGGACUGAAUCGCUCACUUUGACUUUCUCUGAUCUAAAUCGUGUAAGGUCUGGUUAGUACUAGGUGGAAGACCCCUUUGGGAAUUCUUGGUGCUGUAGACUUGAGAAACAAGAUAAGAAUGUUAUAUGAACCUCAAAUUUUAAAGGUUUCACAAAAAAGGGGGACGGGCAGAUAGCGGGUUUGGGUGUUGUAAUGGGGAAAGGAAGCAGAGGGGAGAGAAAGAGAAAUAUAAAUUGCUUAAAAUGCUAAGGACAUGCCCUGAGAACUACUGCAGAUGGGUUUCCGGCUCGGUGGCACCAUCCCCCCCCACCUCCCCGCUCCCCAUCAGAAGGAAAUCAAAGCAAGAUUUCAAACCACCUCUCUACCUGUCUGGGUGUUUCAGAACUGCCGGGUUCCUAGUCCCACCCACUCCGCCAGUCAGAGCAGGCUGCACCGAGGACCUGGGUGUUGAGUUUGUUCCUUUGUUUUAAAAAAAUGGGUUAGCUUUCUGUGAGCCAAUAGUAGACUGGCCCUGUGAGGAAAAGCAACAAAUACGUGAGCCAGAUACGGGUCAACUUGGUUGGCAGUGGAGCACAGGUGUGGCGGAAACCUUUCCCAGACCUCGACCAUAAAAGCGAGGUUGUUUUAUAAGUGCUGGGCACUGUAGGAUCCGGCCGGUCGGAGGACUGCACCCAGCCAGAGGGCACCGGGAGCAGGAAUCCGGGCCACCGCCGCAUCCCAGCAUCCAGAGCAUAGGGGUCGCUGGCUCCUGCGGCUAGGUCUUCCCUUCUGGCUCGGGCCUCAGUGAAUGGACCCCCGCACUUCAGCUAACGGAGAAAAUGUCUUUCGCAUCAUCAGAACAACAUGCUUUAUACUUUCAUCACGCCGAAAAACAAAGGAAACCUGGAGCAGAAGCAGCAAGCACGAUUCGUAGUCCCAAACACCGAAACUAACGUCUGCUUAGCGGGAGGAACGCCGCCCCGGCUUUAGCCUCAAUUCGGCUCACGGCGAGCUCCUGUGCAGGGUGCGAGCACGCCAGCCCGUCUUUCCUUCAGGUCCCGGCUCCUUUAGCUUGGGAAGAAACACACGAAUUAGAAAAAAAAAAAAUUCUUGGUAAGCAUUAGAGGGAAAACCGCAACAUGGCAAAGCAGCGGAGCCUUCGAUAGCUCAGUUGGUAGAGCGGAGGACUGUAGUUCGUGUGAUAUGGCAAUCCUUAGGUCGCUGGUUCGAUUCCGGCUCGAAGGACUUCGUGCACUACUUUUUUAGCCACAUCCCCAUGUGGAGGGGAAACCGCUUACUUGAGGAUAGGCAGUAUAUGUGCCUAGCUACUGCUGACCUAGGGUAAAACACGUAGGCAGUUAAGUAGUCGGAGUACAAUGUACCUUGUCCGCGCAUUAGGGGUAAAGAGAUAGUGACAUGUACUUCAAGUAAAAUUCUUAUUCCUUAUGUGUUUAUUACAUGACUCAGUUUCAAAACUUUGUUGAGAGUUCCACUCGGAAUACAUUAGAAACCGUCCUGUCAGAAAACUUUGUAUAGGUCACGGGAAGGUACAACACUACAGCUGGGGGAUUAGCUCAAAUGGUAGAGCGCUCGCUUAGCAUGCGAGAGGUAGCGGGAUCGAUGCCCGCAUCCUCCACUUCCUUUUGCUACACCAUCAGGUUCAGGAUCUGUUCUCCGCGUUUUGUUACACAGUAGAGCGAGGAGCGCGGUAUGCAAAGAUCGGCUUCACAUGAAUUUUUCUUAUUCGCAGGUAAGUCUUUUCCUGUUUCCCGCUCCCUGCUUUGUCUUUCCCGCCUCGGGAGGCGGGCCGUUAACUGCCUACAGAGAAGACGCCUUCUGAGCCUCACACGGCGGUGGCCCGCGGAAGCCCCCAAACGGCCCCCUCACAGCUCUCAGGGCCUGUGUGGGGCAAGAGGAUGCUUUCCCAGCCUCACCAUGGAGCUGCGCUGUGGGGGAUUGCUGUUCAGUUCUCGCUUUGAUUCAGGGAACCUAGCCCAUGUGGAAAAGGUGGAGACUGUGCCUAGUGAUGGGGAAGGCGUAGGAGGGGCGGCAACAGCCCCCACUAGUGGUUCUGCUUCUUCCCCUGACUACGAGUUCAACGUAUGGACGCGCCCAGACUGUGCUGAAACAGAAUAUGAGAAUGGGAACAGGUCAUGGUUCUACUUCAGUGUCCGGGGAGGAACUCCAGGAAAGCUUAUCAAGAUCAAUAUUAUGAACAUGAACAAGCAGAGCAAACUAUAUUCUCAGGGCAUGGCCCCCUUUGUGCGCACAUUGCCUUCCCGGCCACGCUGGGAACGCAUUAGAGAGCGGCCCACCUUUGAGAUGACAGAGACACAGUUUGUGCUAUCCUUUGUUCACCGUUUCGUAGAGGGCCGAGGAGCCACCACCUUCUUCGCCUUCUGCUACCCCUUCUCCUACAGUGACUGCCAGGAUUUGCUAAGUCAGCUAGACCAGCGCUUUCCAGAGAAUUACUCUGCCCAUAGCAGUCCUCUGGAUAGCAUUUAUUACCACCGAGAGCUUCUCUGCUAUUCUCUGGAUGGACUUCGGGUAGAUCUACUAACAAUCACCUCCUGCCAUGGGCUUCGAGAUGAUCGGGAGCCCCGUCUAGAGCAGCUAUUUCCUGAUGUUGGCACUCCCCGACCAUUCCGUUUCACAGGCAAAAGGAUAUUCUUCUUAAGCAGUAGGGUUCACCCUGGAGAGACUCCAUCUAGCUUUGUCUUCAAUGGCUUUCUGGACUUCAUCCUUCGACCUGAUGACCCCCGGGCCCAAACUCUCCGUCGACUCUUUGUUUUUAAAUUGAUUCCCAUGUUAAACCCUGAUGGUGUGGUCCGGGGCCACUACCGCACAGACUCCCGUGGAGUGAACCUGAACCGUCAGUACUUGAAGCCCGAUGCUGUCCUGCACCCAGCCAUCUAUGGCGCUAAGGCCGUGCUGCUUUAUCAUCACGUGCACUCGCGCCUCAACUCCAAGAAUCCCUCGAACCAGCAGCCCAGCAGCCUUCAUCUUCCUCCUGAAGUUCCUCUUUCUGACCUCGAGAAAGCUAAUAAUCUCCACAAUGAAUUGCACCUUGGGCAGUCACCUGAUGGGGAAAACCAUGACAGGUGGACUGAGACAGAGCCGACAGAAGAAAAGACUGACCCGGUGUGGAUUAUGCCACAACCGAUUCCUGAACUUGAGGAGCCAGCCCCUGACGCCAUCCCCCCAAAAGAGAGUGGUGUUGCUUACUAUGUGGACUUGCAUGGACAUGCUUCCAAAAGGGGCUGCUUUAUGUAUGGAAACAGCUUUAGUGAUGAGAGCACACAGGUGGAAAACAUGCUAUAUCCAAAGCUCAUCUCCUUGAAUUCAGCCCACUUUGACUUCCAGGGCUGCAAUUUCUCUGAAAAGAACAUGUAUGCCCGGGACCGUAGGGACGGCCAGUCCAAGGAGGGAAGUGGCCGUGUUGCAAUCUACAAAGCCUCAGGGAUAAUCCACAGCUACACACUUGAAUGCAACUACAACACUGGACGCUCAGUCAACAGCAUCCCUGCUGCCUGCCAUGACAAUGGGCGCGCCAGCCCCCCUCCCCCUCCGACUUUCCCCUCCAGAUACACUGUGGAACUGUUUGAGCAGGUGGGACGAGCUCUGGCCAUCGCAGCACUGGACAUGGCGGAGUGUAACCCAUGGCCCCGAAUCGUGCUGUCGGAACACAGCAGCCUCACCAACCUGCGGGCCUGGAUGCUGAAGCACGUGCGCAAUAGCCGAGGCCUGACCAGCACUGCAAACGUGGGCCUGAACAAGAAGCGAGGAUCGCGGACUCCUCCCAAGAGUAACAAUGGAUUGCCUGUUUCCUGUUCUGAAAAUGCCUUGAGCCGGGCUCGAAGUUUUAGCACUGGUACAAGUACUGGUGGUAGCAGCAGCCAACAAAAUUCUCCACAGAUGAAGAACUCUCCCAGCUUCCCUUUUCAUGGCAGUCGGCCUGCAGGGCUGCCAGGCCUGGGCUCUAGCACCCAAAAGGUCAGCCAUCGGGUGCUGGGCCCUGUCAGAGAGCCCCGAUGCCCAGACAGAAGGCGGCGGCAGCAGCAGCAGCAGCAGCAGCAGCAGCAGCAGCAGCAGCAGCAGCAGCAGCCACUGAACCAACGCUCUACAACAAGCAGCCUAGCCCCAUCCCCAACUCUGGCUAGUGCUAGCCCAACCUCCUCCCGAAACAUGGGCUCCUGCCUCCUGCCCAAUUCACUCAGCUUAUCAGGGAGCAGCUGCCCAUUCUCGUCUUCAGGGGACAAGCCAGAGGCUGUCAUGGUGAUUGGGAAAAGCCUACUAGGGGCUGGUGCUCGGAUCCCCUGCAUUAGGACUCGUUUGCAGGCUAGGCCCAGGUUGGGCCGGAGCUCACCGCCGACUCGCAGAGGGAUGAGAGGCUCAAGCCCCACAUCCCCCAUCCCCCAGACCAGAGAGAGCAGUGAGCUGGAGCCGGGACCCCGCUCUGCUACACCAGGGCUGCCUCAGGCCGGCCCCCCACGGCCCCGCUCUGCCCCCGCCUUUUCUCCUAUUUCCUGUAUUCUAUCUGACUCCCCAUCCCGGAUUUGUUACAGCAGGGGGCUCUUGAACCAAUGUGAGGUUUGUUUUGUCCCUAAAUCUCCACCACUCACUAUCUCUCCCAGGGUCUGAUAAUGCCUUUACCUUCGUGUCCAGGAUAUAGCCCUAAGGUGAGGGGACACAGUGAAAUGAUACGUUAGUCCCGUCUUCCAGCUGCUCGUGCCAUGUGACAGCCAUAGCUCCUUGGAAUAUCGGCCACACUCGGACUCAGCUGUCCCAGGCCUUGCAGAACAUCACCUUGAGACAGAACAAAACAGGGACCUGCCACCCCCUUCCCUCCCUCCACAGCACAAGAUUUUGGGACCACAAAAAAAUAUAUAUAUAUCUAUAUUUUUGUAUUGGGGGGAGGGAGUAGAAAAGAAAGCAGCCCCUAUACUGGGCCCUAUUCAGUGGCAGCUUCUUGUUCCAUAGGGUUAAGGAAGACUUUGAGGAAAUAAAAGUUGUUUGGAAAAA